AUGCAUCGUCAGCUUGAUCUGCAACGCAGACAACAGAAUGGAAACGCUUCGGCUUCAGCCUCUGCGUCAGUCUCUGGCUCGGCAUCCCUCGUGAAUGGGAGUACCCCAUUGCCAUCCAUCCCGUUGGGAGCUGCUGCUGGAGCAAUCACUAUAACCAUGCCUCCCAUCCAAUCCAACUCUUACUACAAAAUUGCCCCCAGCGAAUAUAUUACGUUUGGGUGGAACUUUUCGAGCGUCCUUGUAUCACCCACCGCCCUCACUGUUGCAGCAGUAGGCGCAAACGGGUAUACAUACCCCGUGGGCCCCACUGAUGGUGUCAUUCCCGGAACUGCCUCAAGUGUGGUGUGGUACCCGUAUGGCUACCAGACCGCAAACCCUAGCCUUCCGCUAGUUCAGGCAAGCUACACGCUUCAUAUUUGGGCCAAUGGUGGCCCUAGCGCAAUCCCCACGCCUGGUUACUUGGCACCAAACAGCCAGCUUGUGUUCGCUAUGUAUACGCCACAGGCCUACACGCCUUUGACUAGUGGGUGGCAAUGUGCCGGAUGCUCAGGAGCGCUACCUCAGCUUAAAAUAGACUCUGCUCUUCCUGGUGUCGUCGCGAUGAUUGUUAUAAUGCUGCUCUCUGGAUUCACCACCCUUCGUCGCGCGUGGGACUGA